GGGAGGGAUGGAGUGGGUGUGUUCACUCGGAUACAGCGGGGAUGGCUUAUUAGGAAAUCAUCCCUCUUAGCCAAUGGUUUUUAAGAGAGAGGCAGAUGUCAUUUGACUGAGAAGUACCACCUCCCAGAGCCAGCACAUCCCCUCCAGUGUAGCGCGGCGCAGUGCGAGAGCACCACUGCCACUGCUCUCUCCUCUCCUCCUCUCUCCCAGCCCACAGACACUUCCUCACCUUCUCUCUCAUCCUCUUGCUCCAUCUCUUUCUCUGCGCUUCUGGUGCCUCAGCUCACCCCUCCUCUCUCUCUCUCUUUGUUUUUUUUUUCUUUUUUUUCUCCCCUCUUCCACCUUCUCUCUGUGACUCUGUCCCAUAGGCGGUGAUAGGAUCUGUUACACAUAGCAUCAGCCUCACCAAGAGACCAGGCUGACUUGUGCCAACCCCAGUAGGAACAUCAGUGGGUGGGUGCUUGACAGAGCCAGCGCGAGGGAGUUAAUACCACUCAGUGCUGCUGGAGGUGUGACACAGUCCCAGCCCCCCCGCACAUUGAUUCUCACGGGAUUAAGCCACCGCAGGAUGCUUCAGUCGGAAGGCCCGGCACAGGUGAUUUACCGUCCCUGUCAGACUUAACGUCUUUGGAGUCCUCUCCUGUCCUGUUCUCGUCUUCUGUGGACUGACUUGUGGACAGCAGCUGCCACCGAACCAAACGGACCACCCAAAGGGAUGACUGGCAGUCAUCUCGCUCAGGAGUAAGUGAGGAAGCAAUGGGCUGGACUAUGACUCUAAAAGAUGACUUUGGGGUCAUUGCCUGGACACGGCAAGCUGGGAACUACCUCAGCCUCUUCCUCCUCCUGUCUCUCGUUUCCAUUCCGGUCCGUUCAGACAUCGUGUUUCCUAAAGACCAUCACUUCUCGUGGAAAGCAGGCCAGUGGGGUCAGUGUGUCGGGGAGGAGUGUGGUUCUGGCGGGGUCCAGACCAGGACGGUAUGGUGCGUGCACACGGAGGGCUGGACCACCCACCACUCGCACUGCCAGCGCACGGAAAAGCCGGAGAACCAGAAGCAGUGCUUCAAGGUCUGCGACUGGCACCAGGAUCUGUUCGUGUGGGAGGUGUCCGACUGGGGGGGCUGCGUCCUUGUCUCCUUCUUUUCCAACGAGCUGAAGCUGAGGACAGCUGAGUGCAUUACGGCACAGCAUGGAAUCCAGAGGCGCAAAGUCCACUGUGUGCGCACUUCGAAUCGAACCGCGGUCACCUCGAGGAUAUGUGAGUUCUUUUCCCAGAAACCACCUGUGGAGCAGGCCUGCCUCAUCCCCUGCCCCCAGGACUGCGUGGUUUCAGACUACACGCCUUGGUCGAGUUGCAGCAAAACCUGCGGCGCUGGCCUGCAGCAUCGGACUCGACAUGUCCUGGCCACGCCGAUGUACGGAGGGGCAGAUUGCCCCAACCUAACUGAGACCAGGACUUGCUCCAGCCCUCUUAACUGCCAUUCUGGGGAGGGCGAGUACCAGUAUAGCCUUAAAGUCGGGGCCUGGAGUGAGUGCCGUCUGCCCCAUCACAAGGAUGCCCUGUUAAGUGGGAGGACCACAGUGGAUUUCAGCACCAGCUCCGGCGAGAACAAUACAGUCACGUUGCACACGCUGCCUUCUCACCAGCACUCCCAUCACAAACACCAUCACCACGCUCAUGCGCACAACAAGCACCCCAUGUCAUGGGAACUGGAAGUGGGCUACCAGACGCGGCAUGUCCGCUGCACAAGAAGCGAUGGCAAGAAUGCUAUGCUGAGCCUCUGCGCCAAGGACGGCUCCCCCCUGACCUCCCGGGCGUGCGUGAUGCCCAAAGACUGCGAGACGUCCGACUGGUCGCCGUGGAGCCCCUGUUCCAAGACCUGCCGGUCGGCCGACCUGUCUCCGGGUUACCGCCUCCGGUCACGGGUCAUGACGCACGUGCCGGUCGGGGGCGGGAAACGAUGUCCUGCCCUUGAGGAAAAGGAAGCUUGCAACAUCAUAGGAGAUUUGCUUCCGAACUGCCCCAGGUACGCGUGGAGAACCACGGACUGGGGCGACUGUCACGUCCUGCCUUUGCUGAGCCAGCAGCACCGGCGGCUGGCCAACGUCAGCGUCCUGUGCGGAGGGGGGAUCCACGUCAGGAAGACCUACUGCGUUCAAGUCCCCGAUGACGCAGCGCCGCAUCACAGGAAGGAGGUGUCCAGGCCUGUGAGCGCCAGGCUGUGCGACGGUGAAGAGCCUCCCUCGGCUGUGCGGCAGUGCUCCGUUCCCUGCCAGCGCCGCUGCUCCCUGUCCCAGUGGUCACCCUGGGGCGCCUGCCUGCACGACAACUGUGAAGAACCGCAGGGGAAGAAAGGUUUCAGACAGAGGAGGAGGGAAGUGUUGUGGGAGUCCGACAGCUCUUUGGGGACUUGCCCUCAUCUGACGGAGUUCAUCCCCUGCGAGGAUCCUCUCUGUUACCUGUGGCAGGUGCAACAAGAGGGAAGAUGCAUCCCCACUAAAAGCUCCUGCGGCCCUGGAACUGCACUCCAGAAUGUGACCUGCGUCAGCGCUAAAGGGGAGAACGUAUCCACCGACCACUGUGCGGACGACCCGCCGCCCGCUGAAGAGUCCUGCGAGGUGCCCUGCUCUGCGGACUGCGUGGUCGGCUCCUGGUCCCCCUGGUCCGCCUGCUCACACAGCUGCGCCACCAAAACUGCCGAGGGCCGACAGAGCCGCACUCGCACCGUGUUGGCCAUCCCGGGGAAAGGAGGGAAGGCAUGUCCGGCACCUCCAGCCCUGGAGGAGUGGAGAGUGUGCAACGAUCACCCCUGCAUGAUAUUCUACUGGGAGGCCUCGGCGUGGGGUCCCUGUAUCGAGGACACGUCCUUAGAUCUUAAUGGGAGCGCCCUCUGGAACGAGUCGUCCAGCUGCGCCGCCGGAGUCCAGAUCCGCAAAGUCAGCUGCAUGAAGACAAAUGCUGGUCCUGUCAUAAAUAAGAGGUGUUCAGAUUCUUCUCGUCCAGAAAGCGUCCGACCCUGUUUGCUUCCCUGCAAGAAGGACUGCAUUGUGACACCCUUCAGUGAGUGGACAGCCUGUCCAUCAACCUGCCUUCCAGAGAAUGCGACCGCCGCCACGCAGUCUCGGUACAGGACCAUCAUUCAGAAGUCUGCUAAUGGAGGUCAAGAAUGUCCUGACACGCUGUACGAAGAGAGGGAGUGUGAAUCGGCCCGAGUGUGUCCAGUGUAUAGCUGGAGGAGUCACAAGUGGCACAGUUGCACUCUGGUUCCCGAUUCUGUGAGGCGUGGAUUAUCUGGACCGGGAGAAGCCUGUGGAAAUGGCUUGGAAACAAGAGGAGUCAGCUGUGUUGCAGAGAGCGGCGAGUCGGCUAAUGUGACAGAGUGUCUGCGAUGGGCUGGCCCCUUGCCCCCUCAGAGCAGAGAGUGUCGGGUGGCUUGCAAGGACGACUGUGCUCUCACCGCAUGGUCCAAGUUCUCUGAAUGUGCCGGAUGCGGCAGCUCCCGGAGCCGCAAACGCUCACUCACAGGCCGCAGCAAAAAGAAGGAGCUCUGCCUAAACGAGGAGCUGUACCCGCUGGUGGAGACGGAGCCUUGUCCCUGCGAUGAGUUUUUAUCCCAGCCCCAUGGGAACUGGUCCGUUUGCAUCCUCCCCGAUGCUGCGGUUCUGGGGUCGCUGCAGGGUUGGAUGAGUCACCGGGAGGUAAAGGAGUGUGGCCAAGGUCUGCGCUACAAAGCCGUGGCCUGCAUCAACCAGCAGGGGCACCUGGUCAAUCCGACGUUCUGCACGGACUCAGGCUACGUUGUGGAAGUUUGCCAGAUCCCUUGUCCCCUAGACUGUAAGCUCAGCGACUGGUCUGCGUGGUCGGCCUGCAGCGCGUCCUGUGGCAGCGGUUUGAAGAUCAGGUCCAAGUGGCUCAGGGAGAAGGCUUUCAAUGGGGGACGCCCGUGCCCCAAGCUGGAUUUGAAGAACCAGGCUCAGGUGUACGAGGCUGUGCCUUGCAGCAGCGAAUGCAGCCAGUACGAGUGGAGGAUUGAGCCCUGGUCCAUUUGUACCAUCAAUACCGUGGACGACCUGCCAGCUUGCGGAGAGGGAGUCCAAAGCCGCAAGAUCAGGUGUGUGAAGAAAGGAACCACGAGAGGGGAGGACAGCAGUGUGGAGGAUAGCCUGUGUGAUCAGGAGGAAAUGCCACCCAGAGCCCAGGUCUGCUAUCUGGCCUGUCCCACUGACUGCGUCGUGGCUCCCUGGGGACCUUGGAGCAACUGCCCUCUGCAAUGCGACCAAGGAUCAACAAGAAACAGGAGCCGAGAAAUCAUCCGCCUCCCAGCCUCAGAUAACGCAGCCUGCCCAGACCUGGUCCAGUCAGAGCCCUGUGUUCUCAACAGCACCUGCUUCACGUACGAGUACAGAGUCUCAGACUGGAGCACAUGCCAGCUGAGUGAAAAUGCCAUCUGUGGUCAGGGCUCGCGGCUGCGUCUCCUGGACUGCAUUCGCAGCGAUGGCAGGAAUGUGGAGGUGCAGAAGUGCGAGCAGUUCGGCUCGAUCAACAAGUGGGGGCUUUCGGAGGGCUGCGUGGUCCACUGUCCCGUCAGCUGCGUGCUCUCCGAGUGGUCGCCGUGGGCGGGAUGCUCGCACACCUGUGGAGGCCAAGGUCAGUCUGUGCGCACCCGGAGAGUCCUGCAGGAGGCCCACGACGAGGGCCGCCCCUGUCCCAACCAGCUCACCCAGACCAAACCGUGUCCCAUAAGGCCCUGCUACAUGUGGUUGCUAAGUGACUGGUCGGCGUGCACAGUGGAGGGUGCAGAGUGCGGCGAGGGGCUUCGGACAAGGAACCUGUCGUGCGUCGUGCACUGGGGUGACCGGCAUGAGUCUUCUCUUCAGCAAGUGGAGGAGGAGCUUUGUGGAGACAUCCUGAGGCAGCACAUCCAACAGCGCAUGGAGCAGCCCUGCUUCGUCCCCUGCCCAGGAGACUGCCAUUUGACUGAGUGGUCGUCUUGGAGCUCUUGCCAGCUGACCUGCCUGGAGGGGCGGGGCUUUGAGACCACGGGUCGCCAGGCGCGCUCCAGAGCUGUGAUCAUUCAGGUCAUGGAGAAUCAGGACAGCUGCCCGCAUCAAGUGUUCGAGACCCAGCCCUGUAAAGGAGGAAAAUGCCACAGUUACCAGUGGAGGACGGGAGGAUGGAGCAACAAUGAGAGAGCCGUGUGGUGUCAGCGCUCAGAUGGUGUCAAUGUCACAGGGGGGUGCUUCCCGCAGAAGAGGCCCACUACGCUCAGACGCUGCCAUCCUCCGUGCACGAAACCCUUCUCGCACUGCACGCCGAGUGGAGUGUGUGGGUGUGAGAAGGGUUACACCGAAGUGAUGACCACGCACGGCUUCUUAGACUACUGCACCAGAACCCCGGGGGUGGACAGCAACAAGAAAGCUGAUGUGAAAACCAACUCCGGGAGAUUAAAGCCCGGGCCGUCCCAGGCCAAAGACCUCUUCGGCGAGUGGACCCUGCGACCCGUUGGCCCAGAUGGAAGAGUAAAGCUGUGGGUUUACGCCGUCACCGCCGUUGGAUUCAUCUUCAUACUCUUCAUUAUCGCGCUGUCGUUCCUGGUCUGUAAGCCGCCCAAGACAACUAAAACGUCUCCUCCGCCGCAGAAGCCCUUGACCUUGGCCUACGAUGGUGACGUGGACAUGUAACCAGGCUGCUGUGCCCUCACGAGGACGGACGGACGGACGGACGGGCUUGGCGCCGGACAGACUCCUGGCUGCGUUCAGACCGAGCGCAUCCUUCACGUACCACUGACCUGUUUGAGCCGGGCGCAGGGCACGGCUAAAACUGAGACAGACGCUGUAGCGACGCUCACGCGUGAUUUUGCUGCCGAAGGGUAACGUCGCCCCGGCGCUUUGGAUGCAGCCGACUCUACUCCUCCAACGAGAGGAACCUAAGCUGAUCGGGGUGGAAAUGAGACGCUGGAACGCUGUCUGAAACCCAGGAGCCAAUAAGACCCCUAAACCGUAAAAUUUCUUUUGUCAAGAACUUGAACUGCCUGGAUUUCCGUCUCGUAAAUUGUGUCUGGGAUGAGAAGGAGGGAUAUCCUGAGUCAGCAGCUGCUCGUGGUAUGAAACAGUGGAACAUUUGACUUUGUCUCAUCAGCGCUGGGUCUUUGCGAAACAGCCUCUUUACAAAAAAAAAAUAAAAUAAACGGAACAAACGACACGGUCUAUGCACUACGUUAGUGCUGAUUUUCCUUUCAAAUGACUUUUCUAGUGUUUUAAUUGUAAUGCAAGUUUUUUGCUGUCGGGUUGUGUUUUUGUUGAUGAUGCCAUAUGUUGUGUAUAUGUGGAAACCAAAAGCAGGCUUGCCUUGAGUUUAACAACGCAGCGUUGCAGUAACGUCUCCUCCCCGACGCCCAUGAGACGCUCAGCCAGCGAGGACGAAGUUAGGCAAAUUACUUCGGUGGCCGUCUAGAAUUAAAAGAACACGACGUACGGGGACCUUUAAUGCAAAUUACCAAGUACCAGCAUGAUGAAGACCGUACCUCAUCAGCACUUUCUCCACUAAAUGCAAAACAAACCAGGACCAGUCGCCGGUAUGGGAGGAUAGGAUAAUUAUCUACAACAUCGCACACAACAGUGUCUUUUAUAGAGCAAGCGCGCUUUAUUUUUUCAUAAGGAUGCCACACUUCAAUCAGUUCCUUUACAUCUAAGUACAGGGUCGCACUAUUAGUUGAACGGGCUGUUUUUUUCUGUACUAAUGUGUCCGUGUUCAGUUUCCUCUUGUUCAGCCCCGUUUUAUUCACAUUUUCAGCGCGAGGAAGCGUCGUUCUUUUUCAUGCCGGAACAUUAUAAACCUCCUUUAAUUUCCUUUGGUGCAUUAUUUAUCAAAGCCAGCAAAGAAUUGAGCUCCUAACAUUUGUUUUCGCCCCGACCGGAGUUGACGCCGAUCGUCAUUCUGCCUCUGCAAACUGAAGAUUCGGUCCUGUGUUACCUGACCUCCUUCUGAAUGUAUAACUCUAUAAUCUUUAUGGCUGAGCGAACGCGGUUGUUAAACGUUACAAUGACUGUAUUUCGACAGCUGACUGUAUGUAGGCAUGCUUGAUCCAUUUUGGCAGAAAGUGCUCCAAGUGGCCUUGCAAAGAUUCUCUUUUACAACUUGCCGACCAUUUUAGAGUAGUGUCUUUUGUGUUUGUAAUAUUUGGCCCCAAAAAAAAAAGGGGGGGGGAUUGUUAAAUGCUAGUUCCAAGUGAAACUCAUUUAUUAAAAUGUAUCAAUAUGACGACUAAUUCAGAAGUUAUCCGGCCACAAUUCUAAAGCAGCCCACCUCUGACCUGAUGAGAGAACUUUGUCCCAGAAACCUAAAAGUAGGUCCACCCAUUGUUUACAGUACCAUGCUAUUUGUGUUACUAUUGUGUGUACAUGGAGAGCUGGACAAAAAUGCAAAUAAAUCGUGGAACCAUGUGAAAGUAAA